UCGUAGCUUUGCGAUUCAUAAAUGGUGAGAAGCGCUUUUAAAUGGCGUUGAUUUUAAAACGUUUUAGAUGACUAAAUUGGAAUUUAGAUAGUGAGAAAUGCUGGAUACAAGUUUCCUCAAAACUAGUAUAUUUAGCCUCGCAAAUGUAGACGCUGAAAAAAUAUUUAGUUCAAUUGCAGAAGAUGAGAGAGAAGCCAGUCAAGAAGCUGGUCGUAAAAGAAGGAAACUAGACGAUUUUACGCCACAAGAACGAAUGAUUCGCAGGAAGUUAAAAAAUCGUGUGGCAGCCCAAUCAGCUCGAGAUAGAAAAAGAGAGAGAAUGACUGAGCUUGAACAAAUAGUCAGCAGGCUAGAGAAUGAAAAUAAAGAACUUAAAAAGUCUAAUGAAGAACUAAAGUCAAGUAUGGCUUAUCUCAUGGAGCAAAACAAAGAAUUAAGAGUUCGAAUGGGAAUAGAAAUUGAAAAUGAUCAUACAUACACUCAAUGUAAUGGUGUCUCAGAUAAUUCAAUUGUGAUAAAGAAAGAAGAAGUGCCUAGUAAGCAUGCAUUGCUUAAAGUUUCUCAGCAGCAGAAGUUAAAAGCACUCCUUGUUUCCUUGAUCACGAUGUGGAUUGCAAAUCCGAGACUUACCAAUUACCUAACAUCCUUGAGCGAACUGAAACAAGAGCAAUUUUUAAAGGCAAUGCUCCAAAGAAAAUUGAACUUGCAGCAGAUGUCACCCAAGACUUACAAAUCAGUAGAAGCUCUUCUUCGGACAAAUUUAAAACCGAUAUUUCGAGCUUGUCUGAUGAAGAUACAAAUGAACUGUUUAAUCUCUGCCAAGACAUCCAAAACUUGGUUAAUGAACCCUUUAAUACUAUAAAAACAGAUAAUGAUAUUUUUCAGGACUACUCUUGUUUGUUUCAAACUUCACAUAAUAAACAUUUAAAUCAAUCAAUAAAUCAAAACAAUACAAAUAAUGUAAAAAAGAGCACAGACUUUAGUUAUAUUAAUGAUCUUGAGGAACUUCUUAAUAGUGUUGAUGAUUUUCAGGACUCAAAAAAGUAUACAGAUAAAGAAUAUAUUAGUAACACAGAUUUUUCUCUUGAUCAAGUAUUCACUGAACUGUUUCCUUCUCUUUUAUGAUAUUAAAAUGGUGUGUGCUAUUUGCUGUUGUAAAUAAAAAAAGAAAUUUUAUAAAAAUGAAGUGGUUAAUUGUCCGCUAAUAAAUACAAUUAUACUAUGUACAUAAAAAAAUUUUUAUAUAGAAAUAUAAGAAUUUGUCACUGUUUAA